UCGAUAACCCGGAUGUUUCAAACACCGAGAGCUUGCGGAGUUGGAUGGUUCUCUCACGGUUUUCUGAAACAGUUCAGGUCUACUAUGUCAAGUGAAGACCUAAUUUCAGUGGAUUAUGAAAUUUUUGGCAGAGUGCAAGGUGUAUUUUUUCGGAAAUACACGCAAGCAGAAGGAAAGAAGCUAGGUUUAGUUGGCUGGGUCCAAAACACAAGCGCAGGAAGUGUUCAAGGGCAGCUACAAGGUCCACGAAGCAAGGUGAAAGAAAUGCAAGAAUGGCUGAAAACAACUGGGAGUCCCAAGUCGCACAUUGCCAAGGCGGAGUUCAAGAAUGAGAAAACACUGGACAGCCUAGACCACUCAUCCUUUAACAUUGUUAAAUAAAAUAACCCAUAGACCCUCUGUUCUAUUAGUGAUCUUGAAACACAUGGUUUAUUUAUUUAGUCUUUUUAUAGACUAUGAAAUACUAAUUGCAGUGAAUUAAAUGUAAAACUUGAAAUUACAUUAAUAAAUGUACAUUUCCUCUC